AUGGCGCAAACACCCGCAAAUGGCCAAUUAGCAACUCACUCCAUUCCGUCGCUACCUAUAUUCCUCGAGGCAAAGAAACAUGCAGAGAAUACCCCGGAUAAGAUUGCAGUGGAUGAUGCCUCCAAGGGGCAGCGGUUUACUUAUCGCCAGCUGCUGGCGGAUGCGGCUACAAUGAAAAAGGUCAUUUUGGAGGAAUUGGGACUUGCAGACUCCGGGAGCUUGGAAGAACGGCGUAUCACAUUCCUCACGCCCAAUGGGUAUGAUUACGUGGUGGUGCAGUGGGCUGUUUGGGCUGCGGGGGGUGUUUGCGUACCACUGUGUACUACCCACCCCGCAAAAGAGCUGCUAUACACUAUCGGCGAUUCAGACCCCUCGUUGAUCAUCCUGCAUCCGUCGUUUGAGAAAUUCGAAGCUCCUCUCCGUGAGGGGAUCACGAAAGACAUCCGGUUCAUGACCCUGACGCCCUUUUCACAAAAUAACGAAGCGAUGCUCCCUCCAUUCAGUUCAGAAUGCCCUCUGGACCAGCGGGCACUGAUGAUCUACACGUCUGGUACUACAUCGAGUCCCAAGGGCUGCGUGACGACUCACAAGAAUAUCACAUUCCAAGCCGGAUGCUUGGUCGAAGCCUGGGAGUACAACUCCUCCGACCGUCUGAUCCACGUUCUUCCUCUGCACCAUAUCCACGGCAUCGUCAACGGCCUUACGGCUAGCUUCCUAAGUGGAGUAACCGUCGAGAUGCAUCCGAAAUUCGACCCCACGGUGAUUUGGGACCGGUGGCAAGACCAAGGUUCCUCGACUAUGUUUUUUGCCGUUCCGACCAUCUACUCGCGAUUGGUGGACUACUUUGACGCCAACAUCCGCGGUACGGACCGCGAGAAUGCUGCUCGUGCUGGCGCCAAAGCUCUGCGGCUUAUUGUCAGCGGUUCUGCUGCGUUACCUACUCCUAUCAAAUCCAAAUUUGCAGAGAUUACCGGUCAGACUCUGCUAGAGCGGUAUGGUAUGACAGAAAUCGGAAUGGCGCUGAGCUGCGGAUUAGAAGUCGAGAAGCGUAUUGACGGAAGUGUGGGGUGGCCUCUUCCUGGUGUGCAGGUGCGGCUUACAAACAAGGAGACCGGCGCAGUCAUCGAUGCCGUGGACGAGGAUGGCAUGAUCGAGAUCAAGGGCGACAAUGUCUUCAAGGAAUACUGGAGACGACCCGAAGCAACAGCCAAGGAGUUCACUUCGGAUGGCUGGUUCAAGACCGGAGACGUCGCCAAGCGGGACCCAGCAGGCGCAUACUUUAUCCAGGGUCGCGCAUCUGUUGACCUGAUCAAAUCAGGCGGAUACAAGAUUUCUGCGCUGGAGGUGGAACGGAAGAUGCUUGGUCUGGACGCCAUCCAGGAAGUUGCCGUGGUUGGUUUAGCAGAUGGAGAAUGGGGGCAGCGUGUGGGUGCCGUUGUCAAGCAGCGCCCUGGUACCGAGCCAUUGGAACUCCAGGCCCUGCGCACACAGCUGAAGCAGGAGAUGGCGCCGUAUAAGAUCCCGACUGUGUUGAAAGUUGUCGAUGCUAUUGAACGGAAUGCCAUGGGCAAGGUGAAUAAGAAGACGAUUGUGCAGAAGUACUGGCCUGAACUUGCUUAG